AUGGCAGAACCAGACCCGGGUUCUGCUCUGUCUACAAGCUUCAGUCAUACAACAACUCCUAACCACAACACUUCACCCCUUCCUCGCAUCCGCUUUCCAGACCAGUUCCUUGCCGCAUCAUCUCAUGGAGAGUCAUCACGUUCAUCCAUGGGGUCUCCUGGUCUUCCUACCACACCAAUAACGCCAGACGCGAAAGAUCCAGGUGAUAGAAAAGGUCAUCUUGUUUCCAAGGACGUCACUCCUGGGAUCCUCCCUGAGAUAUCUCCCUCGAAGAGAUUUUCAUCUCGCAGCGCUGAGUUGCGACGUAGGUCCAAGAGAAUGAGUCAAAGUAAAGGCUUGUCUGCUCUCAAAGACCCUUUUGUCGCUGAGUUCGAACCAUCGGCUUUCUCAGACGAAUAUGACUUGUACCCCAAGAUUCUUCAAGAUGUUCAGCGAGCUUUAGAACUGCAAUCUCGAAGGCGAGAUCGCAAGUCAUUCACCCCGUCGCAGCCAACUGUAAUAGAAGGUCAAACUCUUGCCGAGCUGAGGCAGGAUACAUCUUUCCAACACUCUCCUCCAACAUCUCCGCAAACUUUCACUCAUCCUCAUACUCCUUUGGACAUUGAUUUUAGCCCGUCUGUCCAGGCAGUUCCCCUUCACCCUGUCCCAGUUUCUUCGAAUGGCGGUGCUACUUUGGACUGGACUGGGUCCCAGUCUGACGAAGAGAGAUUCGAAAAACGCUGGACUUUGAGCAAACGUAAAGGCAAAGACAGAGCCUCGUCUUCAAACAAAGCCGUAUUGGAAAAGCAAGAUACUCUUUUUGCGGAUAGGAUUUCUAGGAUUAGAUCCAAAGCGAAACAGCCCACAUUCCGCAAGGCGGCUAUUGUUAGCGACCAAUUAGGACGGAGGUAUAGCCUUGUUUAUAAUUCCCUUUCGAACGAGGACCCCAUCAACCUUGCGAAGGCCGCGCGGUGGUACGCUGGCUCUGAUCCGGGCGCGCAAGCCUGGCUAGAUAGCGCUGAACCACUCACUUGGCUCAAACACCUUUUAGACAAACAUGGGGGCAGACGAUCGAAACGGCAUUUGUCGGCGUUGAUCGUGGAAGAAUAUAUCAAAUCCGAUAGGAUAGAUUCUAGUCUCGCUUUCUCUCGUGACGAUUCUACCUCUGCUCGUGGAGGAUCACUCCCUUCAGAUGUGUCACUAAGCAUUCCUUCAUAUCCAUUUCAUCCAAUCAGAUCCUCCCCCUCACUACAUCAUUCUUUGGGAGAUUCACUCAGAAGAAUACGCUCCUCAGAUGGCCAAAUAUCAUUUGAGCCCAGAAUUGACUCUACACGCAGCUCGAUAGACGGCGACUACAAGAGCGGUGAUGAAAAGAAUCGAGGGUUGCGCCAUGUUUUACCGGCUCUCGUUGAUGCUGCCCACAGUAUCACAUCUACUACAUCCCCCUACCGUCGUCAGAGUUCUCCAGGCGGACUUUCGCCAACUAGCAGUCGGCAUUUUCCAUUUGCUCAACGGAUACGACGUCGGCAGGUGGAGAGUGAUGAAGGAUCUUCCUCUGUCAUUCACUCACAGUCAGACGACUACAGUGGGUCGCUCACUGGCAUUAGUGGUCAUCGUCGCAAGAGGCGCGAUCGGAGGCAGCCUCAUGCACCUUCAUCAUAUCUACAGUCACCCCGUGAGUCGGGGACAGAGACCAAUGCUCCCGGCGAGACGUCGGAUGUACAUGAGGCGACUUCUGCACCUGUGGAGGAUCCUUUGCCCUCUGAGCUGGCAUCAGAACAUGGGGUUGAGCCGCUUCCUAACAAGCUUGAAUCUGAGGUUUCUGCUACUCCACCACGAGUAAUUCCACGUCAGAGACUGAUCCACCGGAUGUCUCUCCCUGUCCCCGACGUAGCCAAGAGAGAACAACAAAAGCAGCGAGAAGAAGCUGGGGAGGAAGAACUAGAGCAUGAAUAUGAGAUGAAGUCGCAGAUGCUAGAUGACCUUAAGGCGCAGAACCAUCGGGUGCGCCAGAAAUUACAAAGGAUCGCUGCAGAGGUCCGGGAAUACGACAACCUACAGGCAAAGCUGGCCAAUACACAUGGUAUUCCCCGUCGCGGCCUGCCUCCAGAACUUCUAGAAGCUUUUAACCAGGAUCCUUCGUCUGUCACUGGCGGGACCCGGGAACGGAAAGGGUGGAGGGCCGUUGAGGACGUACAUAAUCGCAUUCUUCGGCAACAACAGAUUUUCAAGAUGUACCUUUCCGUUGCCGACAAAGAAGUUGUGCCAGAUAGCUUGCUCGAUGAGCCUAUAUCGUCGCUUAUGGACACACUGAGUGAACUAGGACAUAAGAGGGAGGCCCUGGCGCACAAGCAGUUGGAGGUGGCUAGCGCUCUGGCUAAAGUCAAGAGUCUGCACACCCAAGUCAAGAAGGAGUACAACAAUGCCCUCUCGCGCACCUCACUUGCAUACCCAGAGCUGUCUCAAAUCAUCGCACUAGAGGAAAGCUACAAGGAUCAAUACCAACAUAUCUGGGAAUUCGGAAUGGACGCUUUAACGUUUAUCCUCGAUAAUGUCGCACCGGUUUGGAGAAAUUACGGGAGAACCAUCGGCGAAGAUAUCACAGAAUUCCUCAUCAUACCCUGGUACCGGAACGAGUUCACGGGAGAGCCGAAGCGGUACGAUAUCGCUUCGUUUCCUCGCCGCUCCAUCCGUCACUGGUUUGCAUUAUUCUUCCUCUUUUUGUUCACACUGGUCAUCACCUAUCUACAAAUGCGCGCAGCCAUCUUUUGCACAUUCAUGUACAGGCAUCCUUGGAUCGACAAUUCGGGGUUUCGAUGGUUGAUCAUGCCGUGCAUAUGGAUCGCUUUCAUCAUUCAUUGGUCUGCAGUUUUCUUCGAGGUUUGCAUUGUUUUUCUGCAGCUUAAAGUCGUUGGUUGGUGGUUGGGUUGGUCAAUGGGGCUCCUCACCUGA